GAGAACUGUUUCCGGGUCAGGGGGUAGGAGCCACCAUGGAACCUCACGGGGUUGCAGGGCUGGCGGAUCCGCAGGCCGGCGUCUAAGCCUAGAGGGGUGCAGCGUGGCCAGCGCCUCCGGGGACACGCCAGCCGGUCCUGAAGGCCCGCGGCCGCCGCCAUGUCGGUGCUGGGCGAGUACGAGCGACACUGCGAUUCCAUCAACUCGGACUUCGGGAGCGAGUCCGGGGGUGGCGGGGACUCGGGCCCGGGACCCAGCGCCAGUCAGGGGCCGCGAGCCGGCGGCGGCGCGGCGGAGCAGGAGGAGCUGCAUUACAUCCCCAUCCGCGUCCUGGGCCGCGGCGCCUUCGGGGAAGCCACGCUGUACCGCCGCACCGAGGAUGACUCACUGGUUGUGUGGAAGGAAGUUGAUUUGACCCGCCUGUCUGAGAAGGAACGUCGUGAUGCCUUGAAUGAGAUUGUUAUUCUGGCACUGCUGCAGCACGACAACAUUAUCGCCUACUACAAUCACUUCAUGGACAAUACUACCCUACUGAUUGAGCUGGAAUAUUGUAAUGGAGGAAACCUGUAUGACAAAAUCCUUCGUCAGAAGGACAAGUUGUUUGAGGAAGAGAUGGUAGUGUGGUACCUAUUUCAGAUUGUUUCAGCAGUGAGCUGUAUCCAUAAAGCUGGGAUCCUUCAUAGAGACAUAAAGACAUUAAAUAUUUUUCUGACCAAGGCAAACCUGAUAAAACUUGGAGAUUAUGGCCUCGCAAAGAAACUUAAUUCUGAAUAUUCCAUGGCUGAAACGCUUGUGGGAACCCCAUAUUACAUGUCUCCAGAGCUCUGUCAAGGAGUAAAAUACAAUUUCAAGUCUGAUAUCUGGGCGGUAGGCUGCGUCAUUUUUGAACUGCUUACGCUAAAGAGAACGUUUGAUGCUACAAAUCCACUCAACCUGUGUGUGAAGAUUGUGCAAGGAAUCCGAGCCAUGGAAGUUGAUUCUAGCCAGUACUCUUUGGAAUUGAUCCAGAUGGUCCACGCAUGCCUUGACCAGGAUCCUGAGCAGAGACCCACUGCAGAUGAGCUUCUAGAUCGCCCCCUUCUCAGGAAACGUAGGAGAGAAAUGGAGGAAAAAGUCACUCUGCUUAAUGCACCUACAAAGAGACCAAGGUCAAGCACUGUGACUGAAGCACCCAUUGCUGUGGUAACAUCACGAACCAGUGAAGUCUAUGUUUGGGGUGGUGGAAAGUCCACCCCCCAGAGACUGGAUGUCAUCAAGAGUGGCUGUAGUGCCCGGCAGGUGUGUGCCGGGAAUACCCACUUUGCUGUGGUCACAGUGGAGAAGGAACUGUAUACCUGGGUGAACAUGCAAGGCGGUACCAAACUCCACGGUCAGCUGGGCCAUGGAGACAAAGCCUCCUAUCGACAGCCAAAGCAUGUGGAAAAGUUGCAAGGCAAAGCUAUCCAUCAGGUGUCAUGUGGUGAUGAUUUCACUGUCUGUGUGACAGAUGAGGGUCAGCUGUAUGCCUUUGGGUCGGAUUAUUAUGGCUGCAUGGGAGUGGACAAGGUUGCUGGCCCAGAAGUGCUAGAGCCCAUGCAGCUGAACUUCUUCCUCAGCAAUCCAGUGGAGCAGGUCUCCUGUGGAGAUAAUCACGUGGUGGUUCUGACACGAAACAAGGAAGUCUAUUCUUGGGGCUGUGGCGAAUAUGGUAGGGGUAGCCUUGUCUCUGUCCACUUCUUCCCAGGACGACUGGGUUUGGAUUCAGAAGAGGAUUAUUAUACACCACAAAAGGUGGAUGUUCCUAAGGCCUUAAUUAUUGUUGCAGUUCAAUGUGGCUGUGAUGGGACAUUUCUGCUGACCCAGUCAGGCAAAGUGCUUGCCUGUGGACUCAAUGAGUUCAACAAGCUGGGUCUGAAUCAGUGCAUGUCUGGAAUCAUCAACCAUGAAGCUUACCAUGAAGUUCCCUACACAACCUCCUUUACCUUGGCCAAACAGUUGUCCUUUUAUAAGAUCCGUACCAUUGCCCCAGGCAAGACUCACACAGCCGCAAUUGAUGAGCGAGGCCGGCUGCUGACCUUUGGCUGCAACAAGUGUGGGCAGUUGGGCGUUGGGAAUUACAAGAAGCGUCUGGGCAUCAAUCUAUUGGGGGGACCCUUAGGUGGGAAGCAAGUGAUCAGGGUUUCCUGUGGUGACGAGUUUACCAUUGCUGCCACUGAUGAUAAUCACAUUUUUGCCUGGGGCAAUGGUGGUAAUGGCCGCCUGGCAAUGACCCCCACAGAGAGACCACAUGGUUCUGAUAUCUGUACCUCAUGGCCUCGGCCCAUUUUUGGAUCUCUACAUCACGUCCCAGACCUAUCUUGCCGUGGCUGGCAUACCAUUCUCAUUGUUGAAAAAGUACUGAAUUCUAAGACCAUCCGUUCCAAUAGCAGUGGCUUAUCCAUUGGAACUGUGUUUCAGAGCUCUAGCCCUGGAGGUGGAGGUGGUGGUGAAGAGGAGGACAGUCAGCAGGAAUCUGAAACUCCCGAUCCCAGUGGAGGCUUCCGAGGAACAAUGGAAGCAGACCGAGGAAUGGAAGGCUUAAUCAAUCCCACUGAGGCCAUGGGGAACAGUAGUGGGGCCAGCAGCUCCUGUCCUGGCUGGCUUCGAAAGGAGCUGGAAAAUGCAGAAUUCAUCCCCAUGCCUGACAGCCCAUCUCCCUUAAGUGCAUUUUCAGAAUCUGAGAAAGAUACCCUGCCUUAUGAAGAACUACAAGGACUCAAAGUGGCCUCUGAAGCUCCCUCAGAACACAAGCCCCCAGCGGGAGCCUGGCCACCUCGGCUGAAUCCUCCAGUAACAUGUGCAGGGAAGGGAGUACCCCUGACAGCUCCAGCCUGUGCAUGCAGCUCUCUGCAGGUGGAGGUCGAGAGAUUGCAGGGUCUGGUAUUAAAGUGUCUGGCUGAACAACAGAAGCUACAGCAAGAAAACCUCCAAAUUUUUACCCAACUACAGAAACUGAAUAAGAAAUUAGAAGGAGGACAGCAGGUGGGGAUGCAUUCCAAAGGAACUCAGACAGCAAAGGAAGAGAUGGAAAUGGAUCCAAAGCCUGACAUAGAUUCAGAUUCCUGGUGCCUUCUGGGAACAGACUCCUGUCGACCCAGCCUCUAGUCUCCUGAGCCUGUAUAGCCCCCAGGAAACUGGGAUCCAAAGAACUUCACAGCACACUUACCAAUGCAAAGAGCAGCUUUCCUGGCUUUGUUCACUUGCAGACAAGGAGCACAAGGCAGAGGCUCUGAAGCACUUUCCUUGUACGUUUGGAGAGCGGCAUUGCCUAAUAUUAGAUAGGCUCUAGAAGUGAUUUUAUUUUGAAGAAUGAAAGGGCCCCAGGGCCUAUCAUCACUGACUGCCACAGCAGCCACUCUGGACCUUAUCUGUUGAUCCCACCUUUGACCGGGAGACACAGUUCUCACCUUAAUUGCGCUGGUAGCAGCUUAUAUCCCAUAUAUCAUUGUCACCAUUGAUUGGAAGCUGCCCUGAGAAUUAAACACCAGGCAUUGCACCUCUGGGUGGGGGAAGGAAAGCUGGAAUGGGCUGGAACUAGGUGUGGCCCAUCCAGUGUCCUCUGGAGAGUGGCAGAGUAGUCUGAGCCUCCUCAGGAGCUCUAAAUCUGAGAAAGUAUGUCUGGUGAAAACAAUCUAGGGCUUGUUUCCAGAAAGUUCAGUUACUUCAUACAGCUCCAUGCUUUAGGAGGAAAAGUGGGCUUAGAUUGCUUUUCCUCAGGUUGGUUGAAAUUUUUCAGUGAGGAGAAAGGGCGGGUCCCUCCGCAUCACACAGCUGGAGUUUCAGGAUGUGGCUGAUGCAGGGUGGGAUUGCCUAGCUUCGGAAGAUUCCUCUGUAAUGGAUGAGGUGUCUCAGAGAACUAUGUCUGUGGGGCCAUAGGACUGGACUGAAGAGAAAAUCACGAGGGAGAGGAGCUCUUCUAGCUGCCUCUACCUGGUAAGUUAGAGAGGGCUGAGAGGGACUCUGGAGUCUGCCCAGAAGGCUUAUGCCUCUACCUUCAUAGCUCUUAAGGUUCUAAGCUUGACAUCAGCAACCCCAGCCACUCCCUUUCUAUAUGCUAGUCAGUAUUUUUCCCCUUUUGGUGUUUUUUGAAGCCAUAUUGUAACCAGUGAAUCUAUAUCAUCUUUCCUACUUGAGUGGCCCAAAGCCAGCACCUGGGGGUCCCUGAAGCCUAACAGAAUGGGUAGAACCUGCUGAGUGAAAGGAAUUCGCCUGAGAGCUCACUGCUAAUCUCAUCUUCAUUUUGUCCUGGUAGAACAGGAACAAGCUAGCUUUCCCAAAGAGAAAUAGUAUCCCAGAAGAACAAAAUUUCAUAUAGAAAGUUCUGGGCAGGUAUUUGAUAGUUUCACUUAAAAAUGUGAGCUUUGUGUUUCCGUCUAGCCUUACAAAAUGUCUCUUUAGUAAUUUGAGUCAUAAAAGCUUCUUUGAUGAGUCUCACAUCCUGCCUCCCUACAAACGGCUAAAUUUUAUUUCAUUUUCCCCAAACCAAAAUACGUUUAAUAUCUGUUUUAUCAUGUGGCAGGUCCUAUGCCAUGGAAAUUUUGCCAUUUCCAUAAAACUGGUGAUGUAAAGGCUGAUGCUGGGGGAAACCCCAUGGGUGGGGAUGGGCAACUCUAUUCAAUGGGACCUUUGGUUUGAUGUUCCCGUUGUUUUCUCAAUUGUGGGAAGCCUAGUACAUUAGUACUACUGUAAUCACUGAAGCCUUUUCUUGAAGUAAGGGAAGAGGCUGACCUUGGAUUAAAGUUACAAGUUCUGGGGACUUGUGGGCUUGCUAUAAACCCUAAAAGUGGGGUUUGGUUCAUCUUGUUAAGUACAACUUUGAUUUUCUUAAGAACUGGCUGCCCUGUCAUGUCUCUAUAACCUCAUGCUCACCAUCUCAGCAGGCCUGAGAGACAAGGUCAGUUUGGGUGUUCAUCGUGUGAGGACUGCUUCCACUGUGAAGCUGAGGGACAUGGGCAUGCUGCUGAGACCAUAGGGUGCAAGGGAACGCUGAAGGUGGGUGAGAGCCCUGCUCUUGUUCAGAGGGGGUCAUUCCCUAGCAGUGGAAAUGGUGGUCGUUUUCUCAGGCAUGUCCCCUUGGGAAGUCUAGAUUUGCUAUUAAUCUGGCUGAGAAUCAAGUUAUGUGCCUUUGAGACAAUUUGUACUCUCUCAAAUUGUGCCUGGGACAGCCAUAUAUUUUUUUUCCCACCAAACAACUAUGCAAACAAACAGAAACCAGUUCAGAGGUGGAGAACGUGAAAGGUGAGGCAGUAGUAAUGCCUUUGAACGGUUUUCUGUAGCUAGUUCUCUUUAGAUUUUGUCCUGCUUUUCUUCUUCAUGCAGUACUAGGCGUUUUAAGUUUUCUAGUAGUAUUGCUUUUGAGUUAGAGUAUAACCUGAGUUACUCCUGUGCUCUGACAUUGUUGUGAAAGAACUAGCUUAUUGUUAGCCAUGUGCUUGAGGGUGGAAUGGUUUGGCAUUUCUGUUUCAAAUAAACAUUUAAACUCUCCAUCAGU